CGUCUGUAAUCCAUAAUCCAUAAAUUCAUUUUAGUUACCCUAGAGUCUCGCUUUCUUCGUUCUUCCUUCUCUAUCGAUUUCGAAAGGACCUUGUUUUCCAGCUAAAGCAUCAGCUUCCGCUUCCACCCUUCGCUAAGGUUUGAUUGGGUGCUCAAGACCUUCUUCUUUUCUGAUGACAAGCGCUUGGACAAAUAUGAGCUUUGCAAUCAAACAUAGGGAUAUAUAGAGGGAGUGGGAGAAACGGGUUGGAGUUGUUAUUUUUUUAUAUAAUUGGAGAUUCUUGCUCACUCUCAGAAGAUGUAUGCCUGCUUAUAUUCUGGAGAGGAUGAGGAGAUCAAAUUUUAUUUCAAAAUUGUUAUAGCUUUGGAGCAUCUUGGAGCAAAUGAGCAAUGGAGCUUGUGGAGCACCGCUCACCUCAAGGAUUGCUCACUUGAGGAACUCUAUAACUUCUUCAACCAGAUAUGAGUGGUCGCUUUUCUCGCACAAUUUAUGUUGGUAAUCUGCCCUCGGAUAUAAGAGAAUCAGAAAUAGAAGAUUUAUUCUACAAGUAUGGCCGUAUCAUGGAUAUUGAAUUGAAGAUUCCACCCCGCCCUCCAUGUUAUUGCUUUGUUGAGUUUGACAAUGCUCGAGAUGCAGAAGAAGCAAUUCGAGGUCGAGAUGGGUACAACUUUGAUGGUUGUCGUUUAAGGGUGGAGCUUGCCCAUGGUGGUAGAGGGCCAUCAUCAAGUGAUCGUCGUGGCUAUGGUGGUGGAGGUGGCGGUGGUGGUGGUGGUGGGGGCCGUUUUGGGGUAUCACGCCAUUCUGAAUACCGAGUUAUUGUUCGUGGACUUCCCUCUUCUGCAUCCUGGCAAGAUUUGAAGGAUCAUAUGCGAAAAGCUGGUGAUGUAUGCUUUGCUGAGGUUUCCCGUGAUAGCGAAGGGACUUUUGGCAUUGUUGAUUACACUAAUUAUGAUGACAUGAAAUAUGCUAUUCGGAAACUGGAUGAUACCGAGUUUAGAAACCCUUGGGCAAGAGCUUAUAUUCGGGUGAGGAAGUAUGAGGGUAGUCGUUCAAGGAGCCGCAGCAGAAGCCCCAGCAGGAGUAGAAGUCCUAAGAGGGAUAGAAGUAGAUCAUUGGAGCGAUCUCUGUCUAGGUCACGUUCUAGAUCCAGAUCCGCAUCCCCAAUCAAGGCUUCAAGGCCAAGAUCACGAUCGCGAUCUGCAUCACCACACCAGGUGCUAUCAGGAAGUGCUUGAUAUUCCCCCCAAACGCCGAGGUUCUCUGGUUUUACUGCCCCAGAAUCAGUCAUAUUUAUAUUUGGGCUGUUGGUUUAAAUUGUUUUAAUGGAAAAUAUUUCUGUACCAGUUUGCUUUAUUGGUCUUUUAGAGAUAAUUCUGUAGGGCAUAUACUUAGAUAUUCUGCGAGUAUUUCGGGUUUUUCUUCGUUUAACGUGAAUCUUAUGUUAGACCAUCCGUGUUAAACCAGCAAUGAGCAACUUAUGACUUCAUAUAUUCCAAA